ACGCGUCCGUUGACUUUUGCCGCUGUCCUCUGGAGGAGUCUCGAGGCCUCCUCUAAAGCAGUUGUUGUUGGUUGCGGACGGCUGAAGACGACCCCUUCAGGAUAACCACUUGAACUACGAGCUUGACUAUCAUGGACCCCUUGAAGCAGACGCUGCUGGAGCUCCAGCGCCGCGAGGACAACAAGAGCUGUGUCGAUUGCGGGGCACAUAAUCCACAAUGGGCCAGUGUCACCUACGGCAUCUUCUUUUGCCUCGAAUGCUCGGGUGUCCAUAGGAGUCUGGGCGUCCAUCUUAGCUUCGUUCGGUCGGUGACUAUGGACAAGUGGAGUGAAGACCAGGUCAAGCGCAUGACGCUUGGAGGGAACAGGAAGAUGCUGCAAUUCUUCGAAACCUUCCCAGAGUACUCGAAUACCAUGACGAUCCAGGAAAAGUAUGGCAGUGAGUUUGCUAAGCAAUACCGGGAGAAGCUGAGUGCCGAAUGUGAAGGAAAGACCUGGACAGCCCCCGCCCGGACACUGGGAACAAACUCCCCACGCACCACGGGGUCCCCACGUCCCAGCGGUUCGCCGGCCCUAGGGGGAAGGAACCUACCAAGCGGCGGCGGCGCGUAUAGCGGAGUAUCGUCUGGGCAGUCGGGAUACCAAGGCGGCGACGGUGGAUUCCCAGAUCAAAAGUCGAGGAAUGAGGACUUUUUUGCUAAAAAGGGAUUUGAGAACGCCACCCGGUCCGCCAACCUCCCGCCGAAUCAGGGUGGCAAAUACGCAGGGUUCGGCAACAGCGACUUCACCCCUUCAUUCAGCAAUAGCGGACCAGCGAACAUCCUUGAAGAUCCAUUGAAGGCUCUGUCAAAGGGCUGGGGAUUCCUCGCGCCCACUCUCACGUCGGUUGCUGGGUUGGUCGGAAACACUGUCAUGGAGGGUGCCAAGAUCGCCGUUUCGGGAGCUGAGAUGGUCGGACAGAAGGUCGCCGAAAACGUGAUCCAACCCACAGCAACCGCCGUCCGCGAUCCCAACUUCAAAGACAACCUCUCCCGCUCUGUUACCUCCUUCGGCUCCAAAGUCACCGAAGUCGGACAAAAGGGCUUCAACCAAGUCUCCAGCUUCGUCAAUCAGGCCAGUGGGUACUCCCAGCCGGGAGGUAACAACCACAACAACAAUCCACACUACGGUGGUGGCGGGUGGGAAGACAAUCACGGAUCGUCUCAUGAUGCGAACCCGCCCCCGGCGAGUGAGGAUCUGUGGGGAGAUUGGGACCAGCCUGCGAAGGAUGUGCAGCGAGAUGAGUGGACAACGCCUGCUGCUGCUGCUGCUGCUGCUUCGUCAGUGACACCGUCACCGCAGAGCCAGCCCACAUAUGGGACUGCGACGUCGGUUAGUAGUCGGCAGAAGCCGAAGCCGAGUGAGGAUGAGUGGCAGGACUUUUGAGUUGGUUUCUGUAUGAGACUGGUGGUUGGGG